AUGGGUCUUCGUUAUAUUACGAAUAAUCGACAUCGAGAAUCUGUAUCUUCUUCUACUAGUCGUACAUAUUAUAAUAAAACAUUUGAAGAUACAACUGAUUUAUUUCUAUUUGCUUGUGCACAUGGUGAUUAUAUGCUUGUACAUCGACUUUUAAUAGAUAAUGAAGUUGAAGCUGAUGUAUCAAAUAAAAUGGGUAAAAGUGCUCUUCAAUUAGCUAUUGAAAAUGAACAUUUUGAAGUUGUUAAAGUUAUACUUGAUAAAAUUCCUUAUGAAAAAUUUCGUGAUGCACUUCUAUUGGCAAUUUAUUUGGGUCAUACAAAUAUAGCUGAUUUUAUUAUGAAUCAUCCAACCUAUCGAACAUUUAGCGGUGGUUUUCUUGAUCCAACACAUCCACAAGCAUAUGAUGAUUCACAAUUUAGUUCUGAUAUUAGUAAGUAUUUCAAUUAGAAUUCAUACGAUAAUCUUAUUAUUUAGCCUGAUGAAUGUACUGAGAACUCAGGGUAUCCUACUAUUAGAGUAUGUUACAGGAACCUUUGAGUACUUAAUGGGUUUUUACCACUUGAUUACAAAAUGCUUGUAAAUGUUCAAUUUAUUAACUU